AUGUCUGAUCGCAACCCUUUCCCCGGAGAUCCCUCUGCGUCAGAUGUGAUGGGGAACCUGCGUCCUGCGCCCUUCGAAGUCUACGAUCAACCAAGUCGUAUUGUCUUUGAAACCCCCGCCGACCUGUCCUCGGACUCGGACUCGGACUCGGAUGAAUCCUUAGCUUUUCGCGCCAAUUGCCUGUCCUUCGCAGCCUUUUAUGACUCCAACCUUGCUGCCGCUUUUGCAUCGGGACACUCCUUCGGCGAUUUCUACCAGCUCGGUUACUUCGGCGUGUAUGAUCUGCAUAUGCGGCGUACUUGGCCCAACUCUGAGGUUACUGGGGGGAUGGAACUUCCUCCUGGCACUCAGGAUUCGGACGUUGACCACGAUGACGUCGAGUCUGUGACUGAAGGUGCGAGCUCUGUUUCUUCCCGCACUAUCGGCAACAGCCCUAUGUCUGAAGCCAAAGAAUCUGAGGCUUCUUGCGCAGUCGGAGACAACGCCAGUGUCGUGUCUGAAAGUGAAGGAUCUGAGUCCUCUUGCACCGUUGCUGACAGCCCUACUAUGCCUGGACUUUAA